UCCGCAGACAUGAUCGGGAAGAUAAUUUUGGCUCUCUCGGCUUUGGCCCUCGUUAGGGCCCAAAUACCCAGCCUGGGAUUCUGCCCAGACUACGUGCCCAUGGCGAACUUCGAUCUGAACAGAUUCUUGGGCAUUUGGUACGAAGCUGAGAGGUACUUCCAACUGACAGAAGUGGUAUCACGAUGCGUAAUGGCAAACUAUACAAAAACCGCUCAAGGUACAUACCGCGUCAGCAAUGAAGUCACAAACAGAUUCACCGGAAUUAAGAGAGUCCUCGAGGGUGAAAUUAAGAAGUCCGCGUCGAAAGCUGAAGAGGGGAAAUUGAUUGUAAAAUACACGAUACCGCUGACUCCUGAGACUAAGUACUCGGUACUCGAAACGGACUACGAUACCUACGCAGUUUUGUGGAGCUGUUCCGGUAUUGGUCCAUUCCACACGCAAAACGCCUGGGUCAUGACAAGAGACAGAUUAGCUCCGGGAACAGUCAUACAAAAGGCAUACGGUGUUCUGGACAAGUACAAGAUUUCGAAAACGUUCUUCGUCAAAACGAACCAGGAGGACUGCGCUUUAUUAGAGAUCCGGGCUAAACCAGCAGCAGCAGCAGCAGCAGCAGCAGCUGAACCCGAAAAAGAGACCGCAGAAGUGCAAGAGAAUAGUGAAAAUCACGUAAGAACCGCCGCUGCACCCGAUGCACCAGAAGUGAUCGUCGAGAUGCAGAAUGCAAAAGAUGAAGAAAAGAAGAGCUCUCAAUCCGCGAAGAAGAAACCAAUUAAUACUGUUCCCGAACGAAUCAUGGAAAUAGCGGAUGCGAUGAAGGAAGAAGCGCCGAUGAACGACGCGAUGAUAAAGGAAGAGAAACCGAUCGAGGCUAUGAAAGAGAAAGCUGACAUCGUCAAACAAAAAGAAAAGACUGUAACAGAAAUCUUCGGAACGCAUCCAGCAGUCGGGCUUCGCGUAAGUAAGCGGAAGGUGCAAAGAACUGGAAGUCCAGUCGCUGACGAGCAACGCGCCGUGCGAGAAGCGUCACUGUCGACCCCUGUUCCACGUGAGAUCUGUUUCACGAAGUCAUCGAGAUCCAACGCGUAUGUAAGAGAGAAGAUGUUACGGACGUGCAUAAUUUUACUAAUCGCCAGUGCAGCGAUGGCACAGGUGCCGUUUCUGGGCUCGUGUCCCGCCAUGGAAACAAUGCAUGACUUCGACGUGCAAAGGUAUCUGGGGAAGUGGUACGAGAUGGAGAAGUAUUUCGCGUUCUUCGAAUUCGGUGGAAAAUGCGUGACUGCGACUUACACCAGUGGCAAUGAUUCCGCGCUUAACAUUUUAAACAAACAGAUAUCUUCCUUGACCGGAGUUUCUUCAAGCAUCGAAGGGAUCGGGAAGCCAAUUGUUAAAUCGGACGAUGCGAAAUUGAUCGUCACGUUUCCUACUUUGCCGCUUCCAAUGGAGGCGCCUUAUUGGGUGGUUGAUACCGAUUACACAUCCUACGCUGUCGUGUGGAGUUGCUCCAAUUUCGGUGUGAUCAGUAUGAGAAAUGUUUGGAUUCUGGCGAGAGAACCAAAACCCCCGGUUGCCAUUUUGGAGAAAGCCUAUCAAAUAUUAGACAAGAAUAAUAUAAGUAGGGCGUACUUUAUUCGUACAGAUCAAAAGAACUGUCCAGCAGACAAUUGAACAAAAUUGUAUAAAAUUUCGGUGUAAUAUAUAAAAAAUUAGAUCGAGUAAGUAAUUGAAGAUCAUACGUUCAACUGAUCAAUUAUGCUCAAGUUUAUUCGUGAUCGCUUAGUUAUAGAUCUGGUAUAUAAACUCGUAUAUAUUA